CACACCCGCAGAAUACCACAAUGUAGUCACCACCACCCCGACCACCACAGAGGCGAGGAGGAUCAUUCCCUUGGCAGCAGGGCGGCCCGCGCUUCUUCCGGCGUUUGAAGCCCACCACCUCCCUGGCACGAAGUACGAAUCCAACCCAACCCUCCUCCACCCAGACUACCGAUGAUACAGCACGGCGAUGAAGAAAAGAACUUGCACGUGGCGUAUCUAGAUACACAUAUCUACUCUCUACCUCUCUACCUACAUGAAAGAUGCUGCCACACUGCCCGCAAGCCUUCUCGGACUUUGAGCCUAUAUCACUUUCACCCGCUGCCCCUACGUAUCCCCGAACACAUUCAGACCUAAACGAGCACCGUACCAACUCGCAUGCCACAAAAACAGAUUCUUUGAUCAGUCCGUCAUCCGCGAUGUUACCUCCCCCUACCCCCUCAUGCUACCUACCGCCGAAGCCUUUGCCGCCGCCAUGACAGCCCUCGACAUCCGGCCCUCCGACAUCCUCGUCGUGUACGACGCAUACGAGAUCGGGACCUAUAGCGCGCCGCGCGUGGCGUGGAUGUGCUCGUUCUUCGGCCAUGACGCGGUGCAUGUCCUGAAUAACUUCCGUGUGUAUAUGGAUUUGGGAUACCCGGUGAGCUCGGGGGAGAUCUCGAAAGGGAGCCGCGGUGGGGUUACGAAAGAGCCGGAGGAUGCGUAUCCCGUCGCGACGGUCCCGGAUUCUAAGCGAGUGAUCUCAUAUGAGGAGAUUAAGGGGUUAGUUGGGGACGAAGAGGCUAAGAUUGUGGAUGCGAGAAUCGCGGGUCGAUUCAGCGGGACGCAGAGUGAAGAGGACACCAGUUUGCGGUCGGGGCAUAUCCCUGGCGCAGUCAAUGUGCCUCUGGCGAGGUUAUUGGAUGAGACCUCCAAGGUGAUACUGCCCGCUUGCACACUCAAGGACAUCUUUGAGGAGGCAGGAGUGCCUGUCACGAACGAGGUUCCACGGUCCUGGAUCUUGACCUGUAACUCCGGCGUGACUGCCGCUGCACUGGAUCUAGCGCUUUCGGAAAUCGGCGCGAAGGGCCCUAGAAGGUUAUAUGAUGGUAGUUGGAUGGAAUGGACAAGGCGAGCCGAGGAAGAGCUGGUGGUCGUUGACACGAACAGCUGAGGGUCACUAUCAAUCGUUAGUCAACAAUCUAAGAUCGAUCUGGCGAUGGCUACUGGUUCUACUGUGCCAACGCGCAAUGGGUCCUGGUACCCAGCCCGCCAAGGUGUCUUGACGGCCAGAUGAACCCAACGAGCUGUAGCCUGCCCGCCAAUGGCAUUUUGGCAGACCUCUCAAGAUGCUGAAGGCGUGUAUGAUUUCGUGUUCUAUCGAUAACCGUUCUCGGCGAGUAAUAUGUGAUGAUGGCGUGAGUCGUGUAUUCUCAUCGCUCAUUCAUGAUCAUGCAUCGUGUCUGACAUGAAGCAACCCAAAACAUUAACGCAAAAAAGAAAAAAAGUAGACCACCCGUGUAUCUAGUGAGGCGUAUCCGAAAGUCGUGAUUU